GAGGAGACCUCAACCUCGUCGGGCUGGGCGCCCAAGCCACGGCCGAGGCCGUCGCCGAGGCGCUGCGGCGGGAGCGGGCGGAGCUGCGGGGCGGGAGCCGAGGACCACGAUGAACCCAAUCAUGAAGUUUCGGAGGUCGACGCGGAUCUCUUGGGUCGGCGAUGGACCCCCUGCUCUGGCGCGCGGCGCUCCUCGCCAGGGGCGGUGCCGGAGGCGCCGCCAGGGGUGUCAGGCCUGGCUCUGCAGGCGCUGAUCCGCAUCACGAGCUUCGCGGAGUUCGCCGCCGAGGCUGAGCACAGGCACAAGGCGAUGCUUUGCUAUAUCGAUGUUCGGUAUGCGGAUAUUUUGGGACGGGCUCCUCGAAAUGGUGCCACGUUUUGUGUUGCCAGUCGUUGGUUGGAAUUCGAAGUUUGACUGCGCUUUGCUUUACAAUCCUCGGUGAAUGACCUGCUGACGUACGCCUGAACUGCGCCUUGCUUCAUUACGCUUAGCUAUGUCACCCUUAUUUUACGCUGGGUGUGGUGCUGGCAUCGGGUCAUCAUGGUUUUAGGUCGCGCACCGUUGAUGUUGUCUUUGGGCCUCCCCCCUUCCACCACCCACUGUUACCUUGCUGGACAAUCCUGCUCGGUCGUGUUUUCUUUGUUUUCCUCCCCAUUUCGGUCCUAGAGCAGAUCCAUACUCCCCGUAUGAAGCGUGCAUUCAUGCCAGAUGCUCGACGACGAGCCGAUCACUCUUACAAAUCAUCCAGCAGCUUACGGCAGGCCCCGCCACCGUUCCGGCGCAGCAGCGCAGCAAGGAUGCGUCUGUUCAGAGCCCUGUAUGAACCGUCACAGGUCACAUUUUGAAGGGGUGCUCAGUUUCGUUCACCUCUUCAAUCCUCCUUCUGUUCCUCCCUCUCCCCCUCCUCCCUCCGGGACGCAUACGUGAGGCUUGAUAGGGGAUUUUUUUG